AUGAGCUCAGAUUCGGGUUCGGGUUCUUCAUCGCCGAGGAGUGCUCGGAGAAAAGAUGAAGAGCGGCCGAGAUUCUUCGACUCGAAGGCCAAGAGCGCGUGCUGGGCGAAGGCUGAUACGGUGCCCGGCCGCCAUCCCGAUCGGUGGCGCAAGGACGCCGCCGGCAACGUUGUCUGCAAGCGCUUCUGCAACUGCCAUGGCUGUCUCUGCUUCGAGUACGACCACAUAAUCCCCUAUUCCAAAGGUGGCGAGUCGGUGGCUGAAAAUUGCCAGAUUCUACAGACGAGGGUUAACCGGUUGAAAUCCGAUAAGCAGGAGAUUGAUGGAUCCCAAUUGAAAGGCUAUUCUUGUGACAUUAAGUUCACUGACAAGGAACUCGACAUUAUUGAAAUGGCUGUAUAUGGAGACGUUAUUAGGCCGGGUAAUCAGUGCCGAUGCAGAACUGUUGCUGAAAUGCUCGGGAAAUACAAGCCCAAAGACCCAAUGGCCCCUUGCAAACUGCCCUAUAAUGUCGACUCGCAACCCUUGCAGCCAUAA